AUGUUAGGUACAAGGUGGAAUAUUGUGGGCAUUCCCCGCGGAUUGUCUUAUUUUAUGUUAAAUAAUUUACCUGUCCAGCAUAUCGAGAUUGAGGAACUUUUCCGGUGGGCCGUCGGCCUCAGACUUAGUUCUUUCCGUCCCGCCAAAAAACGGCGCCAUCAGCACGUAACCCCUCACCCUCACCGGCUCCAUCCCCGGCGACCCUCGCCGGAGCUCCACCGCCAGGUGGUGGGCCAGGUUCCCGCCGGAAGAAUCCCCCGCCACAAAAACCCUCCCAAAGUCCACUCCCUGCAGCCACUCGUCCUCCCCCGCCAUCGCCUGCUCCCUCAGCCACCUCACCGCCCUCCGGGAGUCUUCCACAGCCGCCGGCAGCCUGUGCUCCGGCGCCAGGCGGUAGUCCGGCGCCACCAACAGGACCCCGAGCGCCGCCGCCAGCCGGAGGCAGCAGUUGUGGGCGUUGGGCCACGUUCGGUCACCAAGACAGAAUCCCCCACCACGGAAGAAGAAGAGGACGGGAAGACAGGUGGCGCCAGCUGGCGCGGAGCUCGGCUUGUAGAGGCGGAGCUGGAGUUCGUGCUCCUCGUCGUAAAAGCAGUCCUUCCAGACGGCAGUCCCGUCGUCUUGAACUUCCAUAGGGAACUUGAGUCCCAUAAGUUGAAAAUUUAG